CAGACAGACGAGGACGAGCUCGCUCUCGACCGCCACUAGAGGACAAGGGCCCAGACCAGGCUCCUCCUCCUCCUCCUCCGCACCCACCGGAGAUGGCUUCCGCCGCGCUGCCGGAGGCCGUCGCGCCGAAGAAGAAGGGCAACUUCAAGUUCGCCUUCGCCUGCGCAAUUCUCUCCUCCAUGACCUCCAUCCUGCUCGGCUAUGAUAUUGGUGUGAUGAGUGGCGCGUCGCUGUACAUCAAGAAGGACUUGAAGCUCUCGGACGGCAAGGUGGAGGUCCUGAUGGGCAUACUGAACCUCUACUCGCUCAUCGGCUCCUUCGCCGCGGGCCGGACGUCGGACUGGAUCGGCCGGCGGUACACCAUCGUGUUCGCCGCCGUCAUCUUCUUCGCGGGGGCUCUACUGAUGGGGUUCUCCGUCAACUUCGGCAUGCUCAUGUUCGGCCGCUUCGUGGCUGGCAUCGGCGUCGGGUACGCGCUCAUGAUCGCGCCGGUGUACACCGCCGAGGUGUCACCGGCGUCGGCCCGUGGCUUCCUGACGUCGUUCCCGGAGGUGUUCAUCAACUUCGGCAUCCUUCUGGGGUACGUCUCGAACUACGCCUUCUCCCGCCUGCCGCUGCGCCUUGGGUGGCGCGUCAUGCUCGGCAUCGGCGCGGCGCCGUCCGUGCUGCUCGCGCUCAUGGUGCUCGGCAUGCCGGAGUCGCCGCGGUGGCUCGUCAUGAAGGGGCGCCUCGCCGACGCCAAGGUCGUGCUGGAGAAGACGUCCGACACGCCAGAGGAGGCCGCGGACCGCCUCGCGGACAUCAAGGCUGCCGCUGGCAUCCCCGAGGAGCUCGACGGCGACGUGGUGACCGUUCCCAAGAGAGGGAGCGGCGAGGAGAUGCGGGUGUGGAAGGAGCUCAUCCUGUCCCCGACACCGGCCAUGCGGCGCAUCCUGCUGUCCGGUCUCGGCAUCCACUUCUUCCAGCAGGCGUCGGGCAUCGACGCCGUCGUGCUCUACAGCCCGCGCGUGUUCAAGAGCGCCGGCAUCACCGACGACAACCAGCUCCUCGGCACCACCUGCGCGGUGGGUGUCACCAAGACGCUCUUCAUCCUAGUGGCGACCUUCUUCCUCGACCGCAUCGGGCGGCGCCCGCUGCUGCUGAGCAGCACGGGCGGCAUGAUCCUCUCCCUCAUCGGCCUCGGCGCGGGGCUCACCGUCGUCGGGCAGCACCCCGACGCCAAGAUCCCAUGGGCCAUCGGCCUGAGCAUCGCCUCCACCCUGGCCUACGUCGCCUUCUUCUCCAUCGGCCUCGGGCCCAUCACGUGGGUGUACAGCUCCGAGAUCUUCCCGCUCCAGGUGCGCGCGCUGGGCUGCGCGCUCGGCGUCGCCUCCAACCGCGUGACCAGCGGCGUCAUCUCCAUGACCUUCCUGUCGCUCUCCAAUGCCAUCACCAUCGGCGGCAGCUUCUUCCUCUACGCCGGCAUCGCCGCUCUCGCAUGGGUGUUCUUCUACACCUACCUCCCGGAGACCCGUGGCCGGACGCUGGAGGAGAUGAGCAAGCUGUUCGGCGCCACGGACGCGCGCCCAGAAGCAGACGACACCGCGAAGGAGAAGCAGAAAGUGGAAAUGGCCGCCACGAACUGACCCAAACUAACCCCCAAAACUACCAAACCCUAAGGGGUUUCUCGCAAAAACGUGUGCUGUAUAACUGUAUUUCGCCAUAGCUAGCUAGCUAAGCUAGCUGCCACCGUGCAAUAGGUAGCAACGUGCGAAGAUUCGCUGAUCCGGCGAUGCUGGAGAGCGACGGCCGGCCGGCGACACACUGGAAGCUGAGCUGAGCUCCCCAGCUCGAGACUUUGAAGACGUCUUAAAUCAUCUCCAAGCACAUGGAUUUUACUUUGCUCUUUAAUUGCUUUGUCCGUAAAA